UUUCAGUUCUCCUUCUGUAGCAUGAGGUAUCUGUCUGUCCUCUGGAGAGGAAUUACCUUAAAGACUAGAAGAGAGAGUAAAGCUUUCUAAAAAGUCAUGGAGGUGCUGGUGCUGAUAGACUUUGAGGGCAUGAUGGGAGAUGAGAUGACGGUGCAGGUGGGAGACGUGGUGAAGAGCGUCACCAAGGCCAGCGAGGAGGGCUGGCUGGAGGGGGAACUGAGGGGCAAGAGGGGCAUCUUCCCCGCUAACUUUGUCAAGGAGGUGCCAGUGUAUUUGAUAGGUGACAGCAAGCGGGAACCAAGAAGCCUACGGAAAUCAAGGAUGAUUAAACAUACAAGGAAGUGUGAGGUGGCCUUUGCCUACAGUCCCUUGAAUGAGGACGAGCUGGAGCUGGUUGUCGGGGAGACCAUUGAGAUCCUCAGAGAGAUUGAAGAUGGGUGGUGGAUGGGAAUGAAAAGUGGUAAAGUGGGAGCGUUUCCGUCAAACUUCACCAAAGAGAUAUUUGUCUCUCCAAAAGAUGUCAAGCAUAACGAGAGCAAAACCAGACCCAAACUCUCAGAUACAAUGUUCAGUAAAGAGACAAAGCUACAGAGGACGAGUGUGCGGAACAAAACAAAAAAUUUGAAAGAAUGCUGUCAAGUCAUGUUCGACUACGCAGCCUUGACUGAGGAUGAGUUGAAUCUAAAAAAGGGACACAUUGUUACAGUCAUCACCAAGGAAACAGAGGACGAGGGCUGGUGGGAGGGAGAGCUGAAUGGACGCAGAGGUUUUUUCCCCGACAACUUCAUCAUGGUGAUACCGACGACGGACACUCUCCAAUCUGGGAGCACCAGUCAACUACCGGAGCGCCGUGGCACGGACAGACACGCAGUCAAGGCAGAGGGUUCAGCGAUGGAGAUGAGCAGCCCUGCAAAAGCAAAAGAUGAGAAACCAGAGAGUAAAGACCUGAGAAGCAACCCCCCAACCAAAGUCAAGCUCCCUGCUCCAAGUAGACCUGUACUACCACCUCCAGUGAAGGACAAGCCUCACAAGUUUGGUUGUGGCAAAGCCAAUGGCGAUCUCCCUCCCCUUUCACCAAAAUGUACAGAAGAGAGCAACUCGGACCAGUUUGACGGAGUGGAGGUGUCCCCUGAGAAACUGAGUCACCCCACAGCCAACAGAGCCAAACCCCCACAGAGACGACCACCAUCAGCCCUCGUCACCAGUCCACAGGCUCUGAGUGGCAGGGACCAGACAGAAGCAGAAAAAUCGCCUAAACUGCUGAAGGUUGCAGAAAGUCAUUCACCACCAUCCAAGCCUGAGCAUCCUCCCAAGAAUCUGGUACCCUCCAGGCUAGCGCUUCCCAAGGCUGUAGUGGAGGCCAAGGAAGCCCAGGAGGAGAAGCCUUGUCUGGACAGCUUACACGCUGAGGUCAGGGAGCUGAAGAUGGCUCUGGAGCUGCUGCAAAACAGACAUGAACGAGACAUACAGGAACUGAAAGAGGAACUGAGAGACGAGAGAAACAAACGUGGGGAGCUGCAGGAGGAGGUACAUAGUCUUAGGACUAAACAUUCAUCCUAACUGACACCAUGACCGGUCUAAGCAAGGUUCUGCUAUGUCAUUCCCUUGAACACAAACUUGAAAUGAAAUUAAAAUGUUGACAUUGGAGUGCAAGAGGGGAUUGAAAGGAUACAUGUCUGCUUCCUCUGCAGACAUACCAGCUGAGGCCACAUUAGGGGCUGGAAUCAAUCCAUAUCUCUGAAGUAUCGUGGAAGAUUCACUUUAUAGCUCAAUUUAAAAUGUAAAGGCAAUGUUUGCAUUCACAGUAAAUGCUGCAUAAGCCGGCUCAAUCGAAUAUUACCUUUAAAGGGAUACUUUGGGAUUUUGGCAAUUAAGUAUUUUAUCUACUUCCCCAGAGUCAGAUGAACCCAUGGAUAC